AUUUAUGUGAAAAAUUAAAAACAGAUUAGAAAAGGAGAAAAGAAAAGUAAAAAAAGAAGAAGCUUAUUUUGCCAACUUGUAGGUUAAAAAAAGCUUAUAAAAGAAUAAAAGUUUUUCAAAAAAAAAGAAAGAAUAAAAGACUAACGUCAUUCCGAGUUAUCAUCUUUCUUUUCUUUUUAAACUUUUUCUUAAAAAAAAAACAUUUUAGGCAUCUUUAAUAUCAAACCUUUUAAGUUUAAAUUGUUAUUCGGAUCAUCAAUUUGAAUGAAAUGCUAAGUUGUUUUGUUAUUUGUAAAUCAGAAACAAAAACCUAAAACACUUCACCAGUUCUUGAGAUUACUUCACCAGUUUGUGUCUUUACAUGGAUUUGGUAGUUGCAAAACCUUUAUUUAUUCAUUUUUUCUCAAAAAACAAUAAAGAAAAUCAGAGCAUAUGCUUGAUCUUCUUAUUGCCUCCCAAAAAAAGUGACUUUAUGUAUGCCUUGAUGACCCAUACAUGACUCAUGCUUUACCACAAAGGUCUCAAGACUCAACAAUUCAAAGCUUUGUUCAACUGCCUCUUGUCUAUUCUUUAAAUAGCCAUCCCACUACACGGUUUCAUAAUCAUCAUCACUCAUAAUCUCUAUCUCUCUCUCUCUCUUACUAUCUCAAGAUCACUACUCAAUCCUCUAAGAUGACAUUGAGCACAGUCCACCAACAAGUUCUUGCAUUACCAGCAGUCAAGACUGCUCCUGCAGGUUACUUGCCUUACCCAGCUUCCAUCAACAAGCUCCAAAUCCCAACUCCUUCCAAGAAGUCUGAACAAAGCAAGAAAAAAUCGAUUCUCCGAACCAAUAGCUUCACCAAUGGAACUAAAGAUCAAAGCAAGUUAGGACCAAAGCUAACUGAAACAGUCAAGAGAAAGCUAUCCCUAGGAGCUAAGAUACUUCAAAUGGGAGGCUUAGAGAAGAUCUACAAGCGGCUCUUUAGAGUCUACAAUGAAGAGAAACUCUUCAAGGCCUACCAAUGUUACCUAUCAACAACAGCAGGUCCCAUUGCAGGCUUACUCUUCAUCUCGUCAAAGAAGAUUGCUUUCUGCAGUGAGAGAUCUAUCAAAGUGGCUUCACCUCAGGGAGAUCUGACUAGGGUUCACUACAAAGUGUCAAUCCCUUUGUGCAAGAUCAAGGGAGUGGACCAGAGUCUGAACACAAAAAAACCAUCUCAGAAAUACAUUGAAGUAGUCACGGUCGAUGGCUUUGACUUCUGGUUCAUGGGCUUCAUGAGCUACCAUAAAGCAUUCAACUGUCUCGAGCAAGCACUUUCUCUCGAGCAAUAAUAAGCCGAAGGUUGAAGAGAAAAUAUUUCAUUUCUAAUUUUUUCAAUCCAAGAAUGUUAAUUUGGAAAGAGCCUAGAAAUUCAGACAAUAUUGUACAAACAUUUUUUUUUUAUUAGAGCUUUAAUGUUAUUGUUAUCCGUUGUUGACAAGAGCAUGAAACUGAAUAUAUUUACUGA